UAGUUUGCUGCUGGGAAAUGAAUCCUACAUCAUCAACGGUGGCGAUUUGCCAAUAAGAAACUACCCUUCUUUGGCCAACAGCAAUUUGUUGAUUUGUUCGCUUGGGCAGCAAACCCCGCCGUCUCGAGAUACACGGGAGACUUGCUUUCAACGAAUCAGACGAGAAUCAGCUGGUGUGCAGCUGGAAACACUCCAGUUGAGUUGAAUGUGACCCUUUCCAGGAGUGGAACAACCUUCAACUUCACCUACCAGUUUGACCGCUUAAAGCUUGGAAGUGAGGUACCAGAGCAGCUUUUGCAAAAGCCUCAGAUUUGUGACUCAUUUGCUCCUGCUUGUGAAAAUGGCCGUGGGCUGGAUCCGGUUCCAUUGGAUGCAUAUAUAUAUUCCAUCCAGGUAUGUCGGUUGAAGACUACAACAUUGAGGACCAAAAUGUUGCAGAUCUCGCAGGAGACGCAGCCUUCAUUUGUAUGGACUGGCUCUUCCAUGAGUCCCCCCGACUUGAUCACAACUACACCUUGAUCUCACGCUAUAGCUUGGAAAUUAGCCCCGCAUUUGGACAGUACCGGCCAUGCAAUGGCUACCCAGACACCAUCCCACCUGACCCUUCAUGUGUUCCCGGGGAUCCACGUUUGGUGGGCAGGGAAGCUCCAUUUUCUGCUGGCGAAGGUGAGCUAAGGUGUGCAGGGAGUCCUUUAGGCUUUUGGUAUCAGCUGCCGAAAGGUGGUCGUUGCUCUACUGGACACAGACCAAGCAAGGAAGCUUGGGCUACUGGCUGUACCUGGUCUGUGCAGAAGCGCUUGAAGACCAUUCAACAGGCCUGCUUGCUUAGAAAUCACAAUUUCCUUCAGUACUGUAAGGCUGACGUCCUCGAAGAUAAAGGCUUUGGCAGGAGCAUGAAAGCUUUAGAGGCUGCCUUCGCCUCUGAGGAUUCAUCCUUGGGUGGAUGUGCUGAUGUUGGUGAACCUGUUGCUCAGGACAGCGAGUCCAUGGUGGUAGUUUGAUCAACU